AUGGGAAGAACGAAGGGUGAAAUUGGUCGGAUGUCGAUAAGGAUGCCGUCGACGGAAUAUGCGACCGCUGAUCGACGGCAGGAGAGGGAUUCCCAGCGGUCGGGGGAGAGGACGUUAAGAGAUAAGAGAGGUAGUAGUAGCAGUGGUGGUAGCAGUAGUAGUAGUGGUGGUAGUAGUAGUGAUGACGAAGGAAGAAAGGGUUGGUGGUGGACUGCAAGGCUGGAUGAUCCGAGCUCCCAGAGACAAAUUGCUGGCAAGUGGAUGAUGAGAUCGGUAUCAGCAGCAGUAUCACCACCGCAUUGGCAGAGAGAGCGCAAGUCAGGUCAAGCAAGCCCCUCCUCCGGUUUGAGGGCAAUGGAGCGAGAAGAUUUGCCGUGGGUGCAGGACCAAGCAGCAAAGGAUGUUCGCCAACGAGUGCAGGGCCGAUGGGACGCUAGCAGCAAGCAGCAAGCAGGAAGGCAGGGGGAGAUGAAGGAAAAGGGAAGGCGGCAGAGCCAAUCCCAGCAUUCAGCGUCACGUCGGACGGUCCAAGCUGUGGAUCCGGGCCAGAGCACGAUGGCCUGA